AUGGUAGAGGUGAGCAGUGUCUGGCAGCAGCAGGCACGGCUUGAAAUUGGUGAGUGCGUGCUGUGCUCCAACAGCUGCAGCCCCCUCCAGGAGAUGAGAGCUGAUGCCCUUCACCUGCUCACUGUCCCACCAAGUGUGCUGGUGGUGCCUCUUCCACUGUGCGGUGGAGGUAGCAUUUGCCCAAGUGAGUCGAUGUCUGUCUGCGCCUCUACUGCUGGUGGGUGUGAGGGUGUGUGUUUUCCUUCCUUCUUGACAGACACUGCCUGCAAGAACCGGCCCUUAGACCUCGUCUUCAUCAUAGACAGUUCCCGUAGUGUCCGACCUGAAGAGUUUGAGAAAGUGAAAAUCUUUUUGUCAAAAAUGAUUGAUACUCUGGAUGUUGGUGAAAGAACAACCCGUGUGGCGGUCAUGAAUUAUGCUAGCACUGUCAAGGUGGAGUUUCCCCUCCGGACCUACUUUGAUAAAGCAUCUAUGAAGGAGGCUGUAUCUCACAUUGGCCCCUUGUCUACUGGCACAAUGACUGGCCUUGCCAUCCAAACUGCCAUGGAUGAAGUCUUCACUGAGGAAAUGGGCACCCGGCCAGCAACCUUCAAUAUCCCCAAGGUGGUCAUUGUUGUGACAGAUGGACGGCCACAAGACCAGGUUCAAGAUGUGGCAGCAAGCGCCCGCACAGCUGGCAUUGAGAUCUAUGCAGUUGGGGUAGACCGGGCAGACAUGCAGUCCCUGAGGAUAAUGGCCAGUGAACCACUGGAUGAACACGUCUUCUAUGUGGAGACCUAUGGUGUGAUCGAAAAGCUGACAGCCAAAUUCAGAGAGACUUUCUGUGCUGCAAAUGUGUGUGCACUUGGGACCCAUGACUGUGAGCAGGUCUGUGUGAGUAACGGCGGAUCCUACAUUUGUGAUUGCCAUGAAGGCUACACUCUGAAUCCAGAUAAAAGAACCUGCUCAGCUGUGGACACAUGUGCACCUGGAAGGCAUGAGUGUGAUCAGAUCUGUGUGAGUAACAAUGGAUCCUAUGUCUGUGAAUGCUAUGAAGGCUAUGCCCUGAAUCCAGAUAAGAAGACUUGCUCAGUCAUGGACAUGUGUGCACCUGGAAGGCAUGAUUGUGCACAAGUCUGUCUGAGUAAGGAUGGAUCCUACAGCUGUGACUGCUAUGAAGGCUACACUCUGAAUCCAGAUAAGAAGACUUGCUCAGGCACUGACGUAUGUGCACCAGGAACCCAUGACUGUGAGUAA